AUGGAUCAUAUUGUUGAUGUAAUGGCUUCUCACGAUCAUCCCGUGGUAUUAGUGGGUUCUUCCGCGCAACGAUGGAUGGGGUCUGCCGGAGCCAUGUCACGUAUCUGCGAUCUCCUUACAAGGGAUAUUGCUCUUCAGAGCAUUGGCGCAGCUCUUAUUCAGUCAGGGCAUUGGAUAAACGACAGCCCGAAGGAACAGUCUGGCCUGGAUGAACUACCCGAAUUCGAAGCCGAUUUAUUCCUUCAGCGAACAGAGAUUGAGGACCACGAUGAAUAUGGGUAUCUUUGUCUAUGGUCUGAAACUACGUAUCACAUGAACGUUGAUGCUUGCCCGUUUAUCGAAGUGCCCGAUUUCUAUCCUUGGUACAAGGUUCUCAUAGAAGAGAAGUGGCACCCAACAAUAGGUCGAGAAGAUGAAUGGUGGUAUGGUCCUCGUCUUAGUUCGGAGACGAAAUUACUCGGUUUACCGGAAGAAGCAGUGGCAACAAAGACAUUUUCCGAACAAUUGCCAAGAGGCAAGAGCCCAUCCAACGACCAUCCGAUACUAGUACCGAGCCUUCCGGCAUAUCUGGACGCCCUUAUUUUCCAUAAAACUCACUACAAGGAAUCAAAGCCGGGACUUGCCUCUCUUGCAUCACGGAUAAUUCGAAACUUAACACGAUACUUGUAUCUGGAGCUACCACAUCAGCAGCUAUCACUACUCAUAGAGCUUGAAGAGGACGAACAUAUGAAGGAGUAUCUCCGGAAUUACAAGAGAAAGCCUUUUUUUGUGUUUCAAGGAGGUCUCGGGUCGCAGGUGCGUGAGUGGGACCCAACCAGUUAUCCGGAUUAG